UCCUGGUUGAGGGGAAAACCUUAAACAAAUCCCCCCAAACGUAAAUAUUUUCUCAACAGUGUCUUUUCUCCAGGAUGGACUAUAAUAUGUAAUAACGUGGUCACAUUCCACUACGGACAGAAGUCCCACUUCCACAUCACCUUUGUGGCCGUGCAGGUGCUCUCAUAUGUUCAAGGGCUUCUGCUGGGGACGAGGACUUGGCUUUAGAGGCUUUGUAAUUUACCUGCUGUGACACGCACGUGCAACUGUUACCAUUUUCGUUCCAUUUCGCUAGAGAAGUAUUUCUCCUCCUUUCAGACCUACCGUCCCCUUCAUCAUCCUGAAGUAAAACUUACAAAUAAUAGUAAUGACCUAUAGAUGUAACUUCCAAAAUAUCAACACAUUACCUAUGACAUAAAGGAAAGUAACUUAUUAGGAUGGUACUAUUACUAUUGCAGCACUUAAAGGCUGGAUGAAGUAGGUGGCAGCAUCUAUAGAAUCACUGUGAAGACAACAGCUACAAAUACAGCCCGGUAAACGAAUGGCAUAUCUGUGAAUUCAAUACCGUGAGUGGUUUGAGUUUCCUGGAAUGGUGAACACUUCCUAAUAUCCAAAGAAAAAGAAGUGUAUUUCCUUAAUUUUCCAAUAUAUAUCAAAGCUGUGCAAAACAUUUUGUAUCUGUAUGUAAAGCAGCAUUAGGUAACUAUUAACAACUUUUUUGAAAGUCUCACAGGAUCGGGAACAUUUUUUGUUUUGCGGGAAUGCCCAUUAUCCCUGACCUGCACUAAAUUCCAAUAGCACUAUCCAGUCAACGGGACAGUGAAAAAGAAAAAAACAAAAUCAAAAAACGCUCACCGAUUCCCCAAACUUUCCCGAGGAGGAUUACUGUAAUAAGAGAGAGAAGUAGCAGUGAACCGCCAACAAAGUAAUGCUAGAGUAGCUAAAGGGUCUGGGCCGCAAGACUGCGGGCCAGCCGGCCCGCCAGCAGGGGGGCAAAGCCCGGUUAAGGGAGGAGGCAUCAGGUAUGUAACUGGAUUUGUGCCUCAAGGACCAAAAAGAGUUAGCCUCUUAUUCAGCCUGGUGGUAGGGCUUCCGUGUUCCCUGUUUCCAGCUGAAAGGCAGGUUUUUGGCAAAGGUGGAUACAGACGGCAUCACCCUGGAUACAGACAGCAGCCCUCUUGGAUACAGACGGCAUCAUCACACUGCCCUCGAGGCUCACCCUGCGUGACUUCUUGGUGGAUGUCCUCCAUUCACCCUCACAUCUGGGAGGUUCCUGGUCUACGAGAAAGGAAAUACCUGUGAAACCAGAUCAUCUCCUAACCCGGCAGAUGUGUGAGCAGAAGCAUUAGGGGGAACGUUACACGGUUUGCAGCCUGUUGUCGAGCACAGGGGCUCCAGAUGAGUCCACGCGAGAAUGGCUUAAAGAAAAAGCUUCAGUGGGGAAACUUGGGAGUCCAGAGAUGGGGGAGAAGAAAAGCCGCGGAUUCCCACAUUCUCCCAUUUUCCCAGCAGGAAGGUUGUGGGGUUAGGUUGUGGGGUGCUCCGCCGGUCACUCGGCACGGGUCAGCGUCCCGGCAGAGGGCCUUGCCGCUCUUCCCUUACGAGCCAGUGUAAGCACAGCCCUGUCGGCGGGGCGUAAAUAGACCGCUUGGUGCCAGGCAGUCUGUGGGGUGCCGGCUGUUUAACAGGGCGCGUCUGAGAAGCUAGCCGCCUAGUACCUGGGAGCCUUGAGAUCCUUGGGAAGUGCCGGCCCUGCCGGCAGCAGGAAGUCUGUGGGAAGCGGAGCUUCUGUUCUAGACCCUCCUACAUGAGGAAUGUCGGGUGGGGGGGAGGCUGGUUUCAGCCAGCACAUUUCUCAGGCCACUUAGAGUAGGUUUCUAAGGUUCUUUGGGGACAGUUCUACUUGUUAAGUUAGAAGAACUUACUAAAUACAAAUGUCUGGGCCCCAUAUCAUACCUGCUAGGCCUGAGGCAAAGCCAAGAUAUCUCGAGCAACAAGCUCUAGAAGGGAUUCUGAUGCGGAUGUAUAUAACCUUUUGGAGCCCAGUUUUAGCUCCUGUCACACAGCCGUUUUCGCCAGCCCCUCCUGCCACAGACUCUGAAAGUCGGCAGUGUCUUUUCUGUACAUCGAAGCAUUAAGACCGAGAUCUGACUAGCCCUGUGUUACAUCAUUUCCCAUCAGCAGGAAUCCCAGCAUGUGAACUGCUUUGGUCAUUCGGUCGGAGGGAGGAGACAGCGGUGGAUGCCGGAUCUUCAGUGACCGAAAAUCCCUGUCUAGAUAGGGAGAUUUGAACUGAGCCAAAGCAUCAACACCAAUCAGACUAUUGCCGAAGAAUAGAGUUUUCAGGGUCAGCAAUGGAAGGUCUCAGAGGGAAGACUGCCCAAGGUCGUACGAAUGAAGAAGCCUGUAAAAGUGGGGGCCAGUUGUCAAGGCAGACAAAAUGUCCCGUACGGAAGACAUCUUCUUUUGGGAAAACAGCGAUCAGAAAAGUGUCAGUGACCCUCAAGGAAAUUUUCACGAGGGAGAGAGGUCCCGAAUCUAGUGAAUUUAGCCCGAGCUCAGAAGUUAAUACUCAGCAGAAAACUCCAGAGGGAGCUAGAUCCCCCAUAUCUAGAAAACACUUCGAAGACAAUUCAGACUUAAUUCAACACCAAAAACUCUUCCCGCAGAAGAAACCCUGUAAAUGCAAUGAAUGUGGCAAAGCCUUCAGUUACCAGUCAGACCUUAUGGUCCACAGUAGAACUCAUGGUGGAGAAAAGCCUUUUGAAUGCCACGAGUGUGGGAAAACCUUCAGCCGAAGCACACACCUUCUCGAACAUCAGAGAACUCACACUGGAGAGAAGCCGUAUGAAUGCGGUGAGUGUGGAAAGGCUUUCAGCCGGAGUACUCACCUUAGUCUACACCGGAGGAUCCACACGGGAGAGAAACCGUAUGAAUGCGGUGCGUGCGGGAAAGCCUUUAGCCGAAGCACUAACCUCAGUCAGCAUCAGCGAACUCACACCCAAGAAAGACCUUACAAAUGUAACGAGUGCGGGAAAGCCUUCGGUGACCGGUCAACCGUAAUUCAGCAUCAGCGCACACACACCGGCGAGAACCCGUACGCGUGUCGCGAAUGCGGGAGAGCUUUCAGCUGGAUCUCCUCCCUCGUUGAGCACCAGAGGACGCACACCGGGGACAGCCCCUACGCGUGCAGCGGCUGCGGGAAGGUGUUCAGCAGAAGCUCGUCCCUUAGCGAACACCAGAGGAUCCACACCGGAGAAAAGCCCCAUGAGUGUGGAGAGUGCGGGAAGGGCUUCGGUCGGAGCUCCUCCCUCAUCGUUCACCAGAGAACUCACACGAGAGAGAAGCCGUACAAAUGUAACGACUGUGGGAAAGCCUUCAGUCAGAGUUCAACUCUCAUCAGACAUCAGCAGCUUCACGCGAAAGGGUAACAUCUGAGCUCUCGUUGAUGGCAGCGUAAGAGCACGCGGCGUGACUUCCUGUCGCUACACGUCUUGGAAGUCCCCCCUCUACUAGCUGGCCAGAAGCCAAUUUCAAGUUAGCCUUCCUGCCUUCCUUCCUUGAUGCUCAAAGGACUGAUCAAGACAAGGGGAUGACUUUCAGAAGCCAACACGUUCCAUCCCCCACUAUUCUGGAGGACUCCAGACUUAGAGUAUAGACCUCCUACCUGACACCUUGUAUUUGCUCACUUUAUCUGUUCCGCAGGGCUUGGCUCCCUGAACAGUCAGUGAACCUUCUGUUUCCCGACCACGUCAGCCCCUCUACUUAAGAGGAAAUCCUGUGUGUGUGUGUGUGUGUGUGUGUGUGUGUGUGUGUGUGAGAGAGAGAGAGAGAGAGAGAGAGGGAGAGAGAGAGAGAGAGAGACAGAGAGAGAUGCUGGCUCUACUCACAGAAGAGAAGGAGCUGGCUUCAGAACAGGACAAAACACUUCCCACUGGUUUGGUGAUAAUAGUGUUGAGGCAAAUUCAGUCCCUCAUCUUACAAGGACAGGUUUUUCUCUUAAACCUUUUUUGCUGUAGCAUAUUUUCCUCAAAGUAUAAACCAUGGUUCUACUAAUGUGCUUAAUUAAUCCUAGUAGUAUUUUAUCUCUUCCUUACCAAGAAUGUCCUGACACUUAACGUUUAAUUUUUCCAUUAUUUAGAAAAAAUGCUGCCCUAGUUUUUAAAUUUUUCUUUUGCUUACAGACUUCAUGAAGCUUCGGCCCUCUGGCCCUAAUGCUCACUGAUCCUGUAGAGCUGAUCUCUCAAGGACAAAUUCAGUGCCUAUUUCUUAGUCUUUUUCCUACUUGACAUUUGCAGAAUUGGCACUUUUGGCCACUCUUAGGCCUUAACAUUUGCGCUUCUGCUGGGAUCCAUGAUUGUGUGCUGAUCCACACUUUCCCUACCUCCCAACAUUCUCUGAUUACACAGUGAUGAGCUCUAUAACUUUGGGCAAGAAUUAGACCAGAAUAGUCUCAUUUUAUCGGGCCAUAAUACUUGAGGUUAUUCAAUGAGGUUGUAAGCUUCUUGAAGACACAAACCUUUCUUUAGAUCCCUUUAAAGCAUCCAAAGUGCUGAGCAGUCCCUAAAUGCCCUGUGAUUAUUGCCCGCCUUAUCCCAGGUAAUCAGUUGGCUAGGUUUUAUCUGAAAUGGCUUACGAGUUGAUUUCUCUCUCUGUUCUUAACUGCUGCUGCCGGGGCCUCAGGAGUUUGGGCCCAGAUUGUGAGAGUAAACACCAUUGCCCUUGUCUCCCUGUCUCCAGCUCGAUGCCUGACUAAACAAUCACCUUGUCUGAAGAGUCCACAGUUCUCAUUGUCCCUGGGAAAAAGGUCAGACUGUAACUUCAAGGCCUUCCACAGUUAGGUCCAUUUCCUUAUUUUCCAUUACUGCCCGGUAUCCGUGGGCAGACCUGUCCUUUGUCCCUACCACACCCUCUGUUCACACUUGGCUUCUUUUCAAACUAUUCUGUGGCACCCUUUUACACCUCCUGCUUUUUUCCUUGUGUCUCUGGAAAUCCUAUCCACACUCAAGUCUGCCCCCACUGACACUUCUAGUUCCCCACCUGAGAAGUCCUUUGCAGAAGGGGCGCCUGGGUGGCUCAGUCGGUUGAGUGUCUGACUUCGGCUCGGGUCAUGAUCUCGUGGUUCGUGAGAUUGAGACCCGUGUCCGGCUCUGUGCUGACGGCUCAGAGUCUGAAGACUGCUUCAGAUUCUGUGUCUCUCUCUCUCUCUGCCCCUCCCCCACUCACACUCUCUCUCAAAAAUAAACAUUAAAAAAGAAGUCCUUUGCAGUGAUGGUUUGCGUGUAUUUUCCUACAUUACACACUUUCUUAUUCUGUUCUCAGAUCCUUUCAGGUGCUUUUUUUCCAUAAACUUUUGAAGUUAGAAAUUGUCUUAAAUCUCUCAGAAGCCCCAUCUAACACAUGGUACAAUGCAGGUCUGCACUCUCGUUUUAAUCUAAACCAGGAGGGUUUAAUUUAAUAGUGCAGUGUCUUUAGUCUUUUGACUGGUGAGAUGACCUCAUAAAUAUUUUGGUCCUUUUCGUCCUACUUGGAAUUAUGUAAAUUCACUCUUGGGACUAAGUGUCCUUUAGAGCUCUGGGAUGCUGGCGUCUUGGCUUUCCAUCUCAUGGGACUGUUGUAAGGAACGAAUGAAAUGAGUUUAUUCAUGUAAAGUGAUGAAAACAGUGGCUGACAAAGUAAGCGCUCAAUAAAUGCUAAUUGUUAUCAUUCUACUGCUUCA